UUAAUUUAUAAACUCAUCAACUACGUAGUACUACGUUACUUCAAUAUUUCAUUAGUAAAUACAAAAAUAUGGCUCAAACAGUUGGAAGAAACAUUGCAGCACCAUUGUUGUUCCUUAACUUGAUUAUGUAUUUCAUUGUUCUUGGUUUUGCUAGUUGGUGUCUCAAUCGAUUCAUCAAUGGCCAAACCAACCACCCAAGUUUUGGUGGAAAUGGGGCAACAAUGUUCUUCUUAACGUUUUCUAUAAUGGCUGGUGUGGUGGGAAUAGUGUCAAAAUUUGCUGGUGGAAAUCACAUAAGGGCAUGGAGAAAUGAUAGUCUAGCUGCUGCUGGAGCUUCUUCACUCAUUGCUUGGGCCCUCACUGCUCUUGCCUUUGGGUUGGCUUGUAAGCAAAUCAACGUAGGAGGACACAGAGGUUGGAGACUGAGGGUGUUAGAAGCCUUCAUAAUAAUCUUAGCUUUCACUGAGCUUUUGUACGUCUUGUUGCUUCAUGCCGGGGUUUUCAGCAGCAAGUACGGCCCGGGUUACCGAGACACCGAUUACGGCCUCAGGGAGCCCGGAGUUACUACCGACCCCGGCCUCAAGACCAGUACUGCUCAUCAUGUUCCAGUUACUGCUACAUCUAGGGUUUAAAGUUUCAAUAUAAUGUAAUAUUUUAUAUAUUAUUAUAUGUAGUGUUCUGUUUCAACAUAUGAUGAUGAUCAUAUGUUGUACGUACGUAUGUUUUAUUUAUUUUGAAGUUGGGAGAAUUUAGUGUUUUUUUGUUUGUUUUGUAAAAGUAGAUAUAUAAAUAUAUUUAUGGAUUCGAUAGUAAUUAACUCUUGCAACUGUUGUGUGGA